AUGAUUGAGAGUGUAUCGCGUCGUGCAUUUAGUAGUUCCAGUGGUACAUAUAACGUGCGAGCAUCCGAGCUCGCGAGAGAACGAAAGCUAAAUAUUUUCAAUGUCACUGUGCUGUUUUUGGAUGACACCCAACAAUCCUUUCAAAUCGAGAAAAAGGCAAAGGGUAGCACUCUUCUUGAGCUAGUGUUCCAACAUCUAGAUCUAAUUGAGAAGGAUUACUUUGGAUUACAAUUUACUGAGAAUGGUUCACCACCUAGUGCAACAAAUACUGAAAUAACCCGCUGGUUGGAUAGCAGUAAAUCAGUAAAGAAACAAGUUGGUGUCAACGCUCAGUUCUGGCUUUCUGUCAGGUUCUACCCUCCAGAACCGUGCAGACUUGCUGAGGAGUUCACGAGAUAUUUACUCUGCUUACAAUUGAGAAAGUUAUUGCUGGAUGGUCGCAUGAUUGCUCCGAGAAACACCGCUCUUCUGCUCGCUUCUUUUACUGUGCAAGCGGAAUUAGGAGAUUACAAUACGACAGAGCAUACAAACAGUUAUCUCUCAGAACUGUGCCUUAUUCCCAAACAAAGUGCGGAGGACGAACGUCGUAUUCGCGAGUUGCAUAAAUUGCACAAAGGCCAGUCACCAGCAGAUGCUGAGGCAAACUUUUUAGAGCACGCUAAGAGGCUUGAUUGCUAUGGUGUGGAGUCCCACUCGGCUAAGGAUUACAGCGGAAAGGAUAUCCUUAUUGGAGUGACCUCUAUUGGCAUUGUGGUUUUUCAAAAUAAUAUUCGAGUCAACACAUUCUCUUGGAGUAAAAUUGUCAAGAUUUCCUUCAAGAAGAAACAGUUUUUCAUACAACUAAAGCGAGAAUCAUCUGAAUCCUACGACACGGUAUUAGGAUUCAAUAUGCGUUCUGGACGCGCGGCGAAGGCCCUCUGGCGAUGCAGCGUGGAGCGUCAUGGCUUCUUCAGACUCAGAGCUCCACGUCGCAGGCCCCUUUUGGGAGCUCUAGGGGCUCUAGCUGGGGUCACAGCCCCAACAGUAGCUAGGACUGAAACGCAGGCUCUUGAAGAUGCGAGGCGGUCUAGAUCGAGUAAUCGGAGUUUUGUUAGACGUAGCAGUUCACGUAAUCGUGACCGAUCAGCGGGUGAAUCUCCCGCGUUGGUCGUGACCUCAUCAGCUAGAGGGUCUAAAGUCACGGGUCACGGGGAACCGCCGCCAAGACAGGCCUGGAGUGACGCACCGCCAUUGGAGAAUGAAGACAGCGAUGGAGGAUUUCUGGAGCGAUCUCUCGCUCUCCGCGUCCCGCUGUCAUAUGUCGACGAAUCUGAAUCGGAAUCGGCCGCGGAACCCGAACAGGAUAGUGAAGCUGUCUGCGUCCGACUCAGUGCGGGACCGGAUGGCCGAUUCGGAUUCAAUGUCCGCGGCGGAGGGAAUAAUACGCCUGUGUUAGUUUCGAGGGUUGCGCCAAGGACAAGGGCACAUUUGCAGGAAGGAGAUCAGGUGAUAUCAAUAAACGGCAAAGAUGUCGAUGAAAUGACUCACGAUCAAGUGGUGCAAAUGAUUAGAAAUACCAAGGGUGUUCUAACAUUGUUGGUGAAACCUAACGCGGUCUACGAACCCGAAGAGACGGGUCCAGAGGAACCGGCGGUAUGUUUCGUCCCACUCGGAUCAGGCCAAUUCGAGGGAGACGCACUGGAACAGUCCAUGCUUCUGCUGGGAGAUGGUUUGGCGAGUGGUGCGGCUUUACGGCAGUAUGAAACGUUAUUACGGAGAUUGCCUGAAGAGUCUGCGGUUGCCAAGUUACCGAAUAAUGUUAACAAGAAUCGGUAUAGGGAUAUCGCUCCUUAUGAUUCGACUCGGGUGAUAUUAAAAAAUGGACCCACAGGAGAUUAUAUAAAUGCUUCAUUUAUUAAUAUGGAGAUUCCGAACUCUGAUCUUGUACUCACAUACAUUGCCACUCAAGGACCUCUAGCCUCGACAGUUGGGGACUUUUGGCAAAUGGUUUGGGAGAGCGAGAGCAGUCUGAUAGUGAUGCUGACGGUUCUGGCGGAGCGCGGUAGGGCGAAGUGCCACCAAUAUUGGCCCAAAGUUGGGACCAACCCGCUCAAGACUAGCAACUCGUUGACGGUACUGACGAAUAGCGAACAGAAUCUUGGACAUUAUAUCAGACGGGAAUUGGUUUUGAAGGACAAUGGCGGCGCGAGUCGUGCGAUAACUCAGCUACAGUACACGGCGUGGCCGGACCACGGAGUACCAGAGGACUCCGCUGCCUUCAUUGACUUCACCCGGCUCUGUUCGCAACUCAGGAACCAUCGAGCUGUAAUACCAACCGUAGUGGAAGAAAUGACUGAAGAAGAGCGUAUACUGGAACCGCCAAUGAUCGUCCACUGUUCCGCGGGCGUGGGCCGGACGGGCGCGCUCAUAUUGGCUGAAACAGCAUUGGAACUCGUCGCGAGACGACAGCCUUUAUACCCUCUGGAUCUGGUUAGGACUAUGAGGACCCAACGGCCGAUGUGUAUACAGAAUGCGAGUCAAUACAAAUUCGUAUGCGAGAGCAUCCAAGCAGCGUACUCCCAGGGUCUGAGCCAGGAUAACUGA